AUGACGGAAAGGAACGAAGAGGAAGAAAACCACGACGAAGACGAAAAGAAGAACAACGAAGCUUUUUCGUCGUCUUUUCUGUCGCACCUAAAUUUGCCGGAACAUAUCUUGUCCGACAGAGUCGUGAGGAGAACCCAGGCGAGAUUAAUCGCGAGGAAGGAGACCGUUGCCGAUGCUGAAGCGGACGAGAUUGGUUUGAACGAGAUUGCAAUGAAGAGGAUAACGCGAGGAAAAACAAUAAAAACGAAGGAAAAGGAAAAGAAGGAGUGUUCUCGUUGCGAAAACGAACGGAAUUUGAUCUCCUCGCUCAAGAGAGACCUCUCGCAAGCGAACGCCAAGAGCCGACGGUUGAGCAAAAUGGUGAGCACUCGAGACGAAGCUAUCGAAGAUUUAAAGAAACGCGCGGUAACAUUAAAUCGAGAAAAAGCGAAGUUGCUCUGCGAAGAUCGCAUAAAAGCGAUAGAAAUAGGCACGAAGGAAGUAGAACGGAAAGAGCAGGAGAAAGUUUUGGUGAUUCCGAAAGGGUUGGCAGAUGCCGACGCGGCGGCGCGGGAAACGUGGUUGAAGUUGCUGAGAAGCGAGGACGCGAGUUUCGUGAGAUUCGCGCGAGCGAUUCGGAAGAGAGAAAACGAGGUCGCGGUGAAAGAGAAAGAGUUAUGUAAACGGAAAGAGUCCGAGGCGUUGUGUCGCGAGCAGCUGGUAAAAAACGAGAAGGAGCUGAUAAGAAUGAAAAUUAAAGCGGAACGGUUGGAAAGCGAGGCGAGAAGCGGAUUCGAGGCGAGUUCGAGACCGCUGCGAGAGGAAAUCGAAAGCGUACUUCUCAGCGAAGAGAAAGCGAGAACAGAAAACGAGCGUUUGAAAAAAGAACUCGAAGCACUUCUCGAGGAAUCCGCCGCGUCGAAAUCGUCGCUGGAAAAAAGAGUCGCGGACGCCGAAACCUCCGCCGCGCUCGCGCUCGCGAAAGAAGCCGCCAAGGAGAAAGAGUGUCGCAUGUUAUUAGAUUUAGUGCGCGAGAUGAGCAACGCAAGAAUAGUUUUAGAUCGUAGAACAAAAAGCGGCAGCAGCGAAGGAGACGACAAUAACGACAACAACGAUUCAGAAGAAGAAGAAGAAUCGAUGUCUGCUUUGCUCCUGAAAAGAGCCGACGCGGCGGAUGUGGCGAUACGCGACAGCACCAAAACCGCCACAUUUUAUUAG